CUAAUUUAGCGGCAACCACUGGUGAAAGAAAAUGCUGAUCAUAGUUUAUUUACUGCUGAUGCUUAGAGCUGGGCGAGGCACACACGAUCAGAUCUUUGAGACAAAGACUGUUGGUGUCGGGGAGGAUGUGUCUUUGACUUGUAUGCGCCAGACAACUUUGAACCCUACAAACCUGUUUUGGAUCAGGCUUGUUCCUGGAAACUUUCCUGAAGUCUUGGGAGGAACAUUUUCUUUUAAUUAUGAUGGUGAUAACAAGAUUUCUCGGAUUACAGCAAAACAAGGGCCUGGAACCUUUCUUCUGCAAAUUAGUCAAACAGAGCCAAGCGAUACUGGAGUUUACUACUGCGUAAAAGUAGACAAACUUAACAUGACAUUUUUGAAUGGGACAUUUCUGAGAGUUAAAGGACCUGAACCAGGUAUCACCUCCAUUAUUCAAAGCCAUCAGUCUGAUCCAGACCUCCCAGGAGACUCGGUGACUCUGCAGUGUGACGUUCUCUCAAGCAAAACUUGUCGAGAAACCAGUUUGUACUGGUUCAGAGCUGGAUCAGAAACAUCUCAUCCCAGUGUAAUCUACACCCAUAAAAACAGUGGAUAUGAUUGUGAGAAUAGUCCUGAGGCUAGCUCUCCAAAGAAAUGUAUCUACAACUUCUCUAAAGUCGUCAGCUCCUCUGAUGCUGGGACGUAUUACUGUGCUGUGGCCGCAUGUGGGGAGAUAUUAUUUGGAGAUGGAACAAAACUGAACAAUGAAGCACCUGAGUUGUGGAAUCAGCCAGAGACGAUCACAGUUCUGGCUCUGUUGGUGCUAGUUGCAGCUUUGGCUAUGAGUCUGAUUGUUAACGCCUUCCUGAUUUACACUAUCAAGAGGAAAACUUGUGAUUGUUGCAACGCUUCUGUUUCUCUGCAAACAAAUACCGUGACAGCUACCGGUGAUCAGCAGAGUCAGCAGAGAAAUGAGGACUCAAUCAUUUAUUCUGCACCAACUUUCACCAAGAAGAAAACUGGCAGAGCGGACAGGAAGAAAAAACACUCAGCAGAGGGAGAGACAAUUUACUCCACUGCCAGGUCUUCAGUGAUGGACUCCAUGACGCUUCCUGCAGCCAAGCCUCCUGCACCCACGCUUCCGGCUGAAGUUUUGGCCCUAGCAGCCGCGUACCCGUCUGUAGUUCCGGCCCUAGCAACCAUGUUUCCAGGCCAAGCCCUGGCCGCCAUGCUCCCAGCUGCAGUCCGGCCGACUCUAGCCCCGCCUGUCCUGUCGGCGGCCCGGCCGACUCCAGCCCCGUCUGUCCUGCCGUCAGCUUUUCUGUUGGGGGUCCCGCCAUCACCUGUUCCGAUGGGGGUCCCGCCAACACCUGCUCCGUUUGGGGUCACCUGUUUCGCCGGGGGUCCCGCCAACUCCUCACCCCGUCAAGGGCCCCGCCGACUCAAGCUCAUGAUCAAGGGCUUGUCCCCGGGCCGCCUGCCCGAAUCCCGCCUCCAGACCCCCUCCACCCACCCUUUUGGCCUUGGAGGCACACACGAUCAGAUCUUUGAGACAAAGACUGUUGGUGUCAGGGAGGAUGUGUCUUUGACUUGUAUGCGCCAGACAACUUUGAACCCUACAAACCUGUUUUGGAUCAGGCUUGUUGGUGGAAACUUUCCUGAAGUCUUGGGAGGAACAUUUUCUUUUAAUUAUGAUGGUGAUAACAAGAUUUCUCGGAUUACAGCAAAACAAGGGCCUGAAACCUUUCUUCUGCAAAUUAGUCAAACAGAGCCAAGCGAUACUGGAUUUUACUACUGCGUAAAAGUAGACGAACUUAACAUGACAUUUUUGAAUGGGACAUUUCUGAGAGUUAAAGGACCUGAACCAGGUAUCACCUCCAUUAUUCAAAGCCAUCAGUCUGAUCCAGACCUCCCAGGAGACUCGGUGACUCUGCAGUGUGACGUUCUCUCAAGCAAAACUUGUCUUGGAGAAACCAGUUUGUACUGGUUCAGAGCUGGAUCAGAAACAUCUCAUCCCAGUGUAAUCUACACCGAUAAAAACAGUGGAUAUGAUUGUGAGAAUAGUCCUGAGGCUAACUCUCCAAAGAAAUGUAUCUACAACUUCUCUAAAGUCGUCAGCUCCUCUGAUGCUGGGACGUAUUACUGUGCUGUGGCCGCAUGUGGGGAGAUAUUAUUUGGAGAUGGAACAAAACUGAACAAUGAAGCACCUGAGUUGUGGAAUCAGCCAGAGACGGUCACAGUUCUGGUUCUGUUAGGUGCUGCUUUGGCUAUGAGUCUGAUUGUUAACGCCUUCCUGCUUAACACUAUCAAGAGGAAAACUUGUGAUUGUUGCAACGCUUCUGUUUCUCUGCAAACAAAUACCGUGACAGCUACCGGUGAUCAGCAGAGUCAGCAGAGAAAUGAGGACACAGUCAGUUAUUCUACACCAGCCUUCACCAAAAAGAAAACUGGCAGAGCGGACAGGAAGAAAAAACACUCAGCAGAGGGAGAGACAAUUUACUCCAAUGCCAGGUCUUCAGUGAAGGACUAACAAUAAACUGGAUUUUCUGAUUAAAUCUUACAAUGUUGUAAAUAUGCUGCUUCACUUUCAGAAACUGGAGACAUUUUAUAACCUGGAAAAAAAAAACACUUUGAAAUGAUGUCCAAUCUGCUUUAAAUCCUUGUAUAACCUUUAAAAAAUAAAAGUGCAUUGGUUAACAUGA